UCCUCUUCCUUCUCUCCCUCCCACUAUUACUAUUAUUCUCUUUCUUCCUAUAAUCUUAGACUUCUACUACUUGUCUCUUUCUUUUUUGUCGGUGGAUUUGCGUCUCUUCUCUGGUCAGUGACUGUAUCUUUCUUUCAUCGGAAUAACUAAAUACUUCACGUCCUCUUUCUCCAUCAAAGACAGAUCUGCAAGUGUUUGGUGGAGUUAAGCCUUAAACAGGUACAAGCUUUGGGGCAUUUACUUCGAGCGACGCAGCGCUAUGUCUGGAAACCAACAGCCUCAGAUCAGCCUGCCUACAUGGCGGUACAGUGAUUUCAAUGCUGCUAUUCCCAUCAAGAAGAGGAAGUACUUUGUACAGCCGGAAGCACCUUUGGAUAAUAAUCCACUAGCUAACGAGAAAGGUGAUACUAGGAGUGCUUUGGAUUCAUCUGAUAAGACUCAUGUCAGUCAGAAAAUGAUUGGCGAGGGAUCUAGGAUUAUCAAUAUUGGGAAACCAGUCCCUUCGUUGUCUGUUUCUGUCGGAAAAAAUGCUGAGAGUGUUGGGAACUUAGUUCCUGACCAAAUUAGAGUGAAAGUUGAGGAGCCAAUUAACUCCAGUCCUUUGGUAGCCUCUGAGGUCCCUUCUAGUUCUGACAUAGCUGGCAGUUCACUCCAUACUUCUCUGAGAAAGCUUCCUUCGGGUGUUGAACAACACCCUGGUGUACUUGUGACCUCAGAUAAAACUGUUCAUAAGGCCCAUGGCAUUGUUAGGGAGACACGUGGCAAUGAAGAGUGUCAAACACAAGCAUCUGCUGGUACGGGUAAUGUUGCCUUGUGGCUAGGUGCUAUAACUAAAAACAAUGAAGAGCCUACAGCGCUGGAUUUGUCGUUAAGCAAGGGAGUCUGUGCCCCUCAUGACCCGGAUUUUAUCAAUUCUGGAAUUCACAAUGUUGUGAACAGAUCAAAUUGGGAUUUGAAUACUACCAUGGACGCUUGGGAAGAUGUUCUUGAUCGCAAGACUAGAGUUAAGACAACUGGUGCGUUCUUAAACAGUAGCAACAACACAGGUUGCCCUGACAUGGAGACAUCAACUAAUGUUAUUGCAAAGUCUGUUUCUGAAGGGGUUAAGUCUCCUACAUUGACUUUGACACAGUCUGAUCAUGAGGUUAAAUCCACUUGUUCGCUUAGUCUAGGCCUCGGUUCACAUCCUCCUAUUGUCAGAUCUCCUUCUCUAUCAGCCUGUACAAGUACUUCUAGACCAGCUAUGAUUGUUGGUAAUGUGAACUCGGUAAACCUUAGGACUGUGAAGUCAGAAGUCACUGAAGAGAGUGUGCAAGUUGAUCCGACCAGGCUAUCACAGGAUGUUGUUGGUAGAUUCAGACAAGAAAACAGUCUCGCAUCUGGUAGUUUGAAGCUUUUGGAUUCGAUAUCAGUAAAGGCUGAGCCAAAUAACCUCACUCAAUCGGAAGCUUUCAAUAGGAAAGAUGGAACGUUGAAUCAUCGCCGUAGACCAUUAAUGCAAUCAGAUGAGAUCCUUGAUUUACCGACAAGUUUUACGCCAAAUCAGAUGGAUAAAUAUAUGCCUUCUAGUGGCAUCGGCAAUGCGCUAAUGUCCUUGAAUGGAUUGACGAGAAAUCCAGGCGUACAGAGUUACCCUGACUCUACAUUACAAGACAAUCCAGGCCAGAGCUCUGGUCAUGGAGAUCAUAACCUCAAUGCAUCAGGUGUGAAUGAUAAAGUUCUAGAUGAUUGCAAGACCUAUGUUUCUCCUGGAACUGAUGAACUUCCUAAAAGUGGCGAAGAAAAGAAUAUCUUAUAUGGUAAGGAGCUAAGGGAAAAGUUAUCCAGUCACGAGUUUGACCACGAUUGUGUUAAUGAUAGAGUGCUAAAGAAGCAAGUUGGAAAAAGAAGUACAUACGAGGACGACGAGAAGGUCCAAAGACCAGUUGCCAUGCUUGCUGAUGUUCCAUUUGACAGUAACAAUCAAACUUCUAACCAUGUGGAAGAAAAAGAGAGUCAAGCUACACUUCUUGCUAAUACAGGUUAUAAUGAAGGAGGGAUAGUUCAGGAUGGUGAACAGUCAACUCAUCAAAUCAUUCAUGCUAGUGAAGGAGUGUCAGGUGUGUCUACACUGUCAGGCGGAAACGGUGAUAACCCUGAGACAUUAGAUAACAACAGUCCAGUUUCACACAAGGCAGAGAUGUCUACUUUUGACGAUGAUCCUCCUAUGGCGUUGAGUGAAGGUAGUCCGGGACGAAUCAGGACACUAGAUGCUUCAGACAGCUUUGUGGAGAGAGAUAGAUUGCCUGGUUUCUCACUUGGACAGCGGAAAUAUUCGAGAUGGAGUGAUGAGUCCUGCAGUUUCUCGCGUGAGAGCUACCGUGGCAAAACCAUAAGACGCCCCAGGCUAAAUUUCAUGCCUCACAAAAGGAGAUUCUCUGAUGAUGAUGAUACAGAAAGCAAUCUCCAUGAAAGGGAUACAAAAAAUUUUGAGUCAAAUAGCUAUGGAAACACUCGCCGGGGUCGAGGUGGCGGCGCUUUUCCCAAUAGAGGGAGACGGCCUGCAGAUGACGAAGGAGACACUUUCCCCCACUCCUUUACGAGAAGAAACACUAGCUUUUCAUAUACUCAAAGAGGACCAACAAACAAAGAGGAAGCAUCUGAGUUUCACGGGUUUAGAGAUGGUGAAAGACAAUCCAACAAUACGGAGCCGAUGUUUAUGACUCAGUCACGUCCCUAUCGAGGUCGGAGUAGUUUUGGUCGAGGAGGACGGACAAAUUUCUCAAACAACUCCAAACGGGAUUUUCCUGGAUAUCGUUCACGGUCUCCAGUUAGAUCAAGAGAUAGAUCAGCUGGUCCGUCCUCGUCGUCUUUCAGGAACAGAUCACAGGAAGAUUUCAACGGGAAUACAGACUUUUCUCAUAGGAGAUCACCCUCAGGUUACAGAACGGGGAGGUUAAGCUCGCCUGACCAUUCUGGUUAUCCAAGGGAAGGGUUUGUCAGAAGGCACAACUCUCCGCCUUACUCGCAUAGACCGAGGGGCCGGGGUUAUGAGAGGGGGAGAGGAUAUGCAAGGGGGAGGGGUUAUGGAAGAGAUGGCAUCUCUUUUAGGAAACCGUAUGAUCGUGUUGUGCAUAGGAACUUGAACAACUUUGAUCCUCGAGAGAGGGUGGACUACAGUGAUGAUUUCUUUGAAGGAACGAUUCAUUCUGAACGGUUUGGUGGUGAUGGUAAUGCUGAGAGGAGACAGUUUGGUUAUAGACAUGAUGGUGGUACCAGCUCUUUUAGACAAUCUUUUAGCAAUGAUGGUUGUGGACCUACUAAUGUAGAGAAUGACCCUGACGCUGCGAGAUUUGGACAGAACACUGGUGUUGGAAAUAGAGGGGAGCAAGGGAGUUUAGUGGAGACUGAUGGGAGAAAUAAGAAUUCGAGUGAGAAUGCUUCUGGAAGAAGUAAGAAUAUGGAAGAGGAGGAAAAUUCAAAGCAGAGUGAAAUUUGGCGACAGGAUGAGGUUGGUGGUGGUGAUGGGUUUUAGAAGAAAGAUUAGUACUCAGUUUGCGUGAAUCUUCUAAGACCAGGAAGAUUUUGAGUAUAGUGAAUUAGGUACAAAACGAAAGUUCUGUGGUUUACCAUGGCUGAGGUCAGUUAGUAGCUGAUAACUGUGGUCAUUGCUUGCCUGUGUAUAUACAGCUCUUCUCUUUUGGUGUCAUCUAGAUCUUUUUUUUUGCCUUUCGUGCUGUUACUCAGACUUCAGUGUUGUUCUCUCCGUUGUAGCACUGUCCGUGAAUGGACAUAAAACUGAAGGAAGAUGGUAUGGCGUGAAUACAUGUGGGAAUUUUUCAGGCUUGUCCACACUCAGUAAUCCUCAGCUGCUUGGGUAGAAGGUGACUUAUCUAAUUGAUAUGAGGCGAGGAACGACUAGGGUGUUAGAAGAGACACUUUCAUCUUGUUGAAAUACAGCCACAUACACCUUUUUAAACAUGCAAAAAAUGCAGGUUUGAUGUAUGAGUCUCUUUGCCAAAGCACUAGUACUCGAAGUUGGGCUUGCUAAGACGAUAAUGACCCCUACUAUGGAUGAGCUAUGACUGUUUUUGGCUUAGAACAUUCAUUUUCAUCUGGAAUAACACCAGAUAAUGAAUUCUUCUAACAUGAUGUCAUCAAUUAAGUGCUAGGCACGCCCAAGAUGAUUAAUAAGUACACAUCUUUGUGGAACUUGAAGUAUAAGCUAUACCAACCUUGCCUGAAAUGUUGUAACAGCCACUGAUUAUCUGCUGUCAGAACCAGGUUUACUGGAAACUGCUUAAGUUGCACCACCUUUGACCUAUUGGUUUGGUUACUCUUUUUUUUUUCUCACUUCAUGUGAGUUUGAACUUCAAAGGUACAUCUCACCAUGAGGAAAAGAAUAUUUCUGAUUGAUG